UUGAGGUUAAUUUCAUGGACCUUCCCUCUUAUGAUUUCAUUUCGUUGUUUCAAAUGUUGCCUCUGCCUAGAGAAGGCUAUAUCAAUGCAGAUAAGAAUGGAGUGGCUAUAAGGUCUUACCUUGCAGCGACUGUGUGUGGAUCACACUUCAACCGUCUCUACUCACAGAAAAGUCUGCAUUUCCGUCACUAUUCUGUCUCUCUGCAUGGGAUUUCAGUGCGGAUCCCUAUCCCCCAGGUGCAGAUGCUAAUCGAGACGGAGAUCCGGUCGGAGGAAAAUGGUUGCUUCUGGGAGGGGUUGCUUGGGCAUAGUUUGCUAGUUGAUGAUCCAGUUGCUGAUGAUUGUGAUCCAGACCCAUUUAUGAAUUAUAUGAUCCAGUCCCAGCAAUGGCGAUAGAGGCAGGUGCAUUCCUUUCAUUUCGAGAUCGAACAGCAGCAGUUGAUCGGUUGAAUCAGUCGAACGAGAAGUCGAAGAAGAAGAAGAAGAAGUCGAGUCGGUUGGACCUGGCUAACGCUGUUUUGCUCCCAAACUCCUAUAAACCCCUACAGUAGUAGUCAUAGUAGCUGUGGUAGGGAAAAGUGGUGAGUAUCCCUGCAUGUAGUGGAAGGAUUCCUUGUUGUGUAGCUGCUCCCCACGCUAUCUCCUCCCAACCAGUUUGCUGAAGUCAAAUUAUUGAUGAUUUAUUUUUAUAUAAAUUUUUCAUAUAUUUUAGAAAUAUUGUAUUACGAAUUUUAAAUUUGGGAAAUUUUGUCAUGUAGGGUGUUAUUACAAAAGGGAAAUGGGAACUCUUGAGUUUACCUUGGACAAGUCAAAGUUAGAAGAGGUGGAGAACAUUGUGAAUAGAUGAUGAUCAUUUGUAAAUAAAGAGUGCAGGGAUUGUAGGGGUAAUUCAUGCAUUCUGUUAUCAAGUUGAUCAAAAGGGAAAGAGAAGAUGUUACAAAGAAUUGAUCAUUAUUUGGAAAUAUUUUGAAAGCUUAUUUAGGAUGUAAGAUAUUGACAAAUGAGUCCUUAAACAUUGUUGAAAGAGAUUUCUAUUUAGUUUAA